UUGCAGUACCUAUUGAACAUCAACUUAAUAAAGCAUAACGGUGUCACACAACCGUUCUCAGCCGAUGCUUUGGAUAGUAGAUUAGAAGAAUUCAUCCGGCAGAUAAACACAUCCAAUGCUCAGCUGAUUAUGGUCCAUGUUUUCCACAAUAGCCACUAGUCACUGCAUGCAAUCAACAUUCCACAUAAGCGGAUCAACGUAAUGGACUCAAACAAUUACCCGCUAAUUGGAACACUUGUAAGCGACCACCAUGGUGCACUGUCAAAACGGAUCGUGAAGCGGCUGAGUGAUGCACUGCACAAGGUAGUACCAAAACGUUUUUGCAGGUUUGGUAGAUUCAGGAAGAACAUGAUGAACUGUGCAUGGAUGGCCAUCUGCUCUAACGACUGUGCCUUCUAUGUAAUGAAAUAUAUGGAGGCUUACGACGGCAGCAGGGAUCCCAUCGAGACCCUCAACAUCCCGACCAACUCGACGAUUGUCCCCUCAAGCAUCCUGUUCCAGCUUGUAUCCAGCGAUCACAACUUAGCUGAUCCACGCCAUCCUGAGAUGGCGGCGUUUCUCGGUCCUUCUGUUGGUGACGCCUCCGAACAAGCUUCAUGAUGUGCUCCUUAUUAUUUAGUUUUCAUGGACAAUUUCUUUUGUUUGUACAUAAACUAUGCUGGGAAGUUGGAAAUUGAACUCAUCAUUUUGUU